AUGGCAGAAGUUGUACCGGUGACGGGGGUGUGGUGGGACAUCAACACCUGUCCGGUUCCUGAUGGUUAUGACCCUGGUUGUGUCCGUCAGAGUAUAGAAUCGGCCUUGGCAAACUUCAUGGGUCCGAGUCCAGUCAUAAUCUUUUGUUAUGGCAACCUAGAAUACGUCCCUCCUCUAGUCUUGAAAGCGAUCUCGGAUUCUGGAAUCCUCCUUAGACACGCCCUUGGUUGGAGCUCACUCUCUUUGGAAUUAUUUGAUUGGAAAGAUACUAAUCCAUCUGCGACUACAGUAUUAUUCAUAUCCGGUGAUGAUCAAUGGUGGUAUAUGACUAGUAUAAAGACGCACUUCAGUCGUACUCUUCGUGCAUUUCCAGAUCUUGAGCAACCAGUAGCCUAUCCUGCCGAUUUUUUUGCCUCCCUUUCUGCCAAAAAGUGGGUCUGGAAAGACUUACUUGAAGAGAAAUAUUCAGGGCCUUGUUAUUCGGAUACAACGGGCCAGAUGGAUUGCGUACUUAAUUGUCAAUUUGAAUGGUGGUGCAGUAUGUGCAUGUUUCCUGGCGAAAACUGUUCUGAUUUCAUCGACCAUCUCAAGAGUGUAAACCACAGACAGGAGUUGUUUGGCUUGGUGUGGCCCUGGGACGGUAACCCUGUCGAUAUUUGCGAACUUUGCGAUUAUCCAUAUGUAGACGAUAAAAAUAUGAGAAUCCACUUGGAAAGUGAAGAACAUGCACACAACGUAAAAGCCGCCGGACCAAGUGCCUCUCAUGAGACAGAGGCUAUAUUUGUCGACAACUCAAAAGAGUAUCAUGAAGAGAACUCAAAAGAGGAUCAUGAAGAAGAGGAUCACCCAACUUGA